AAUUGUGAGUAAUAGUUGUUUUCAAAAGCAAACAGUUUGAAAGCGUUGUAAUGCAAGUUGGAGUGUAAUUAUAUUGAAGUGGGACAUACAUGCAUCCUUUAUCUUCGAGCUUCAUAAACUAAACUUGACGUUUCACGUUUCCACAGAAGUGCAGUAGCUUGUCGCGCUGAUUUGAGUGCUAUAUUGCUGGGAUCAUUGGUAAAUAAAGAUGGUCAUAAUAUCUGCUCGUCGAUUAUAUAUGUUACUCAUCUUAGCGUUUCUUAGCUGUACUUUUUGUUCUGCAUAUUUAGAUGAAAGAAAGAUCAGAAAUUUGACCAGAAAUGUUGAAGCGAAAAUUAACGAAUUCGCCAUUUAUGCUACUGGGUCUUCAUUUAUAAAACAGAGCCUGGCAAAUUUUUCGCUUACAACAAAACCGAUAAAUGGCCAAGAAAUGGUUAAAGAAAUUAAAGAAAAAAUCAAAGCCUUUUUCAACACCACAACAAUAUCUUUACAGAGAAUCGCUUCAAAAGCUGAAGAUGCCUAUAAAAACUAUCAAUACGAUUAUAAUAUACAGCCAUUCAACUACCUGGACAUAACAGAUAAACACAUCUUGUCUUCAUACAAUUUGUCUUAUAAUUCUGAUUUUAAAAUGAAGAUAACGGAAGAAUAUAGCGGUGUUCACGUGCCCAUUGAUAUUUAUGAUAAAGCCACUAAAAUACAGAAUACAAUCAAAUGGACAGAAGCAUUAGAUGAAGUAUUCAAAAGAAAUUGGCAUGAGGAGGAUGGAAAUAUAAAAAGUCAGAGUUUUGGUUCUAGCGAUGGUGUCUAUCGAUUGUACCCAGCUACUGAAUUUCACGUGAAGAAUGAUGUUGACCUAUUUGAUGUUAGAAAACGGCCAUGGUAUAUUCAUGGCUCUACUUCACCAAAGAAUGUCGUUAUUUUAGUCGAUGGGAGUGGCAGUAUGAAUAAAAUAACAUUAAUCAUUGCAAUAGAAGCUGUUUCUGAACUCAUUGACACUUUAUCUGAAAAUGAUUUCUUUAAUCUUAUCUGGUUUAAUAUUGACGUACAUUAUUUGGCAUGCGAGGGAAAACUUGUGCAAGCAACUUCACAGAAUAAAAAAUUUUUCAAGGCACAGCUAAAAAAUAUUCGGACUAAAUAUGUUGCGUCAUGGCCAAAAGCGUACAAAGCAGCAUUCAAACUUUUAGAGAAGGAAAAAGGAGCAGACUGUCAGAAGAUGAUUUCAGUAUUUACUGAUGGAUCGAAUAAUAAAGCUGAAAGUGUUUUUAAGAAAUAUAAUUCGAAUAAUGAGGUCCGUUUGUUUACAUAUGCUGUUGGUCCUCCAAUUCACAGUGUGGAAGCUUUGAAAUCAAUUGCUUGCAGUAACAAAGGUCGUUUCUACAGGAUACAAGACAUUGGGUCUGUUAGAGAUGUCAUUAAGGAUUACGUUACCGUACUGAGCAGACCAAUGGCAAAACAGAGCAAAAGAACUCCUUUUUGGAGCAGUGCAUAUCUUGAUGCUGGCAAUUUAGGAAUGUUGAUAACUGGAGCUAUGCCAGCUUUCACGAGAUCUAACACAACCGCUCAUAAUGUUUUAUUGGGAGUUGCUGGAAUAGAUGUUUCUCCGGAGGAUUUAAAGAAUCAGUCGAUAUCUGUGUCGCUUGACAACUAUGGCUAUUUAUUCUUUAUUGAUAACAAUGGGCAUGUCAUCUUACAUCCUCGAUUUUUCACAGAAACUGGCUACCUACCAGACGCUCCAAAUAUCUACCUCUCAGAAAUUGAGUACAGUUGGAAUGUUAACGGAACUGAACCCGAGAAACUUCGUGAAAACAUUUUAAAAACUGAGGACGAAAUUGGAAAUAUGUCGUUUGAUGCUGCACUUUUUUCGCAAAGUCAGGAAGGUCAUCGAGUAAGGAAAAGAAGAAUGAGUUAUUAUUACGCCAAUGUUAAAGAUUCACCUAUCUGGGCUGGCAUUGCAUUCCCAUCAAACUUGAUGAAUAUAAUCCCAAAGAAUGAUUCCAUGAUCAGCAAAACCCUUGUAGACUCCUUGAGAAAUUACUGGGAACAAGAACCAAUGACUGACGUAAACCGUUUCGUCAAAACUUAUGAUGGUGAUUUUAACCAAUCUCUGUCUGGCUGGAUAUUCAAUCUUGAAGAAGAUAUCUUUGGUCGCCUUGAUGGAUAUCCUGAUGACGUUACACUUUUUACAGUACCAUAUAGUUCAGGAAAAGAAAACACUUAUGAAAUGAACAUAACAGGUUACAGAAAAAUGUCCGUCAAUGCUUCUGGUACCGUUGUGAAUGUGGGAGUUGCUGGUUUUGUCAUGAAUCAUGCACAGUUUCAAAAAAAUUAUUUCUUUAAUUCGACAACACAGGGAAUGGAGGAACUUUGUCAACUCGACGAUGAGGAGGAUGCUGGAUUUUAUUGUUAUCUCUUGGAUGAAAAUGCUUUCGUAGUUGCUACUAACUUGAACUCAAGUGCGACCGGACAAUUUUUUGGUAAGCUUAAUCGGGCAGUUAUGGAGCAGUUGGUAUCUGGAGAAAAUACAACGAUUUACACAAAAAUUACUAGAAAUAACCCUCAAGGAAAAUGUACGGAUACUGUAAGUUCCACAAGUGGAGCUCAGUUCUUGCAAUCAUUCUUUUCUGUUACAUCUUACAUAAGAUGGUGCUUUGCCAAGGCAGUUUGGAUUCUAGCCAACUUUAAUUUAUACAAUUGGAUGUACAGUGGAUCAUCAUUUGUUUCAGCCCAAACAAAAGGUGAACAAAAAAAUCGACGCUGCAUUUGGGAGAUGACUGCAUACUACUCAGAAAUUAAAGAUGAAAAUAUGACAAAACAAGGUAGAGUAAAUUGUAGCUGCUACAGUCGUUACUGCCAAAGAUCAUUUGUCGUUUCAAACGUUCCUAAAACUAACCUUUAUCUUGUCAUCGUGGAUGGAUUAUGUACUGCAUCUGGUAAUACUAAAGAUGUUCCUGGCGAACCACAGGAAUAUAAACGAACUGACAAUGAAGAAAAAGAAUUAGUUUGUCAUGAAGAUAAACACCGAAAACCUACAUCAAGGUGUUUCAAGUCUACAAGCCAGGAAACUGAUUAUAAAUGUGGUGGAUCCAAUGACAUUAAAAUGUCGAUGUUGCUCUUAUUCAAAUCAUUUGUGACAUUUCUACUAUUUUAUGUUAGUAAAUAAUGUAUACAUCAUGUACUGUUCAUGCAAAAAUGAAAAAUCACGGACUGUUCCACGAAUCAGACAGAAACAAACUGUGACAUAUUUUGUUGAAUCUUAAAUAUAUAGUUUUAUAAAUGAA